CCGGGGGCGCAGCCAGGCUCCUAGUCCCGGGGGCGCGGCGCUCGGCCCGGGGGCGCGGCCAGGCACCUCGGCUCCGUCUCACUUCGCUUCCCGCCCCUCUACAGCUGUACUUCCGGCGCCUCCGGACACCGUCAUGGGCAGCGCCCGCUAGCGCGCUGACCCCCUGGCGGCGCAGCCACUCCCGGGAAGUGACGCGUUUUGUGGGCGCCGCCGGUGUGUCCCCACGUGGGUAGGCGGUGGGAGCGCCCCGCGGAGCAGGCGCUGCGCUGGGACAGCUGCUUCGGGCCUGACAUGAACCCCUUCGCCUGGUAUCCGCCGCCUCCACCGGGCUUCCCUCCGCCCUUUUUCUGCCCUCCGCCGCCCUGGGAGCCUGGCUUCUGGACUUCCCCCGGGCCCUACCCGCCGCCCGGCCACUACCCGCCUCCUGACAGUUACCCGCCGCCCGACGGCUACUCGCAGCCCGAGACCUGCGCGCCGACCGACAGCUACUCGCAGCCUGCCGAGAGCUGCUCGCAGCCCAGCAGUUUCCCGCCACCACCCGCUACCUGGUGCCCGCCGUCAUACAGAGAACAGCCGCGGGGCUCCUAUGCUGGUGGAAAGGGCAGUUUCUCCCAGAAAUGGCAAGGUGAGCAAGCGUCUGGGUUUGGUAAACGUUUCCCAGAAGAAAAUAACAAGCCAAAGAAAAAAAAGAAAAAAGAGCCAGUUUUCACUCAUUAUUGUGAUACCUGUGACCGUGGCUAUAAAAACCAGGAGAAAUACGACGAACAUAUUUCACAGCAUAAACAGUGCACAGUAGAAGGUUGCACGUUCAGUGCACAUGAGAAGAUAGUCGAGAUACACUGGAAAAAUGCACAUGGACCUGGAGCUAAAAGAAUAAAAUUGGAUAGCCCAGAAGAGAUUGCUAGAUGGAGAGAAGAAAGAAAAAAAAAUUUCCCCACGUUGGCCAACAUUGAAAGAAAGAAGACGGUGCAGGUACAGAAGGAAGAAAGAGGUGAAGUGUUGACUACCCAGCAGUUUGGCAAAAUGAAAGGGAUGUGGAAACCUCCAGGAAGCAAAGACCACUUUGGGCAACGAGGAAGAUAUGGCAGAAGACAAAGACAGCCAUUCUGUAAGAAAUUUAGGAAGAAUGGUGAUGAUUAUAAUGUACAUAGAGCUCAGGAUGGAGCCAAUGGGUCAGAAAAUGGCAUCUGUGAAAAGGACCAUGAAAAGCAGCAUGCUUCAGCAGCUCAGCCACUGGCGAAGGACGUGGACCCUCUCAGUCUCCUGGCAAACAGCGAUGCUGAAUCUGACAAGGACGAAGCAGCACCUGAAGAUGGGAAGCUGGCACUGACUGUUAUUCCCAAGCAGGUCACCUCUGCCCUGACUGCAUUGUCAGCCAACUACGGCAGCGCAUCUGACAGCGAGCCUGAAGAAAUCCCUGUCAAGACUGCAACAAAAGCUGAGAAAGACCAGGAUGCGCUCAGAAAUCCACCUCAGACUGCUCAGAACGUUCCUCAGAGUCGAAACCUGAAUCAAAAGCAUCCAGAACGUGCAGGCAAGAGGUUGAGAAGGUCGAAUUCCAACGCGCGUCCCCGCAGAGCGCCUGAUAAGCGGGGCAAGAAAACGUUACCUCUCCUUCCGAAGCGACGUCCAACUCUGCUGGAAAUGUUGCUGGCCCAGGACAUCCGACACGAGAGGAAUGUGGUUUUGCAGUGUGUUCGAUACCUCGUCCGAAAUAACGUGUUUGGACUUCGCUUUAAAACAGAGUCACAGGCUGCAGCAGAGCCUGAGCACUCCUCUGCAGCUAGAGCAGAAUCUUCAACAGACAAACUCGAUGCCUCUAGUUGUUCUCCUAGCUCUGACCUUCAGUUAGCAGGAGGAGAAGAUGCAUUAUCAAUAGCACAGGGUGAGAAAGCACCUGUGGAUCAGACUUCACUGAUCGCUCACUUGGCAGAUGAGGACACGUGGGAAACCCUGCCAAUUCAAUGUGAAGAGGCACUGUAGAGGAUGUCUGGUUUGGACAGUAAAGCAAAGGCUCACGUUUUCUACCCAACUGAUGUGUUUUGAAAGACAUCAGUAUAGCAAAAUAAUCAUUAAAGUACAUGCUGAGAGCUGUUAAAAGCAGCUUUCUAAUCUGUUCUGCCCAAGGUGGCCAUCUCCUUGUGAAAAGAGCAUCUGUGUUGAGUCAGUUAAAUUCCUCACAGCAGAAAGGCAGCAGUGACACUGAGUAUGACCUUGCUGAGAAUAGGUGCAGGCCUGUACUUCUGCUCUUCAGAGUUCUGAAUGUUUCAUCUCCUUAGGAAAUCUGUCUGUCCAUCACCAGAGGGGUUGCAGUAGGAUGGAUCUUCUUCAUCUGGCAUGUCUAGGAGUAUCUGAAUGUUCAAAAGUAGCUCAGUGUGCUUUUGAACUGGUAAUUCAGUGCACUGAAUGGAAGCUGUAACUAACCUGGCUCUAAAAGUACUGAUUGUACCAGAAGAAAUCUCCUCUCCAAGCUACUUAGUUGAGCAAACUACUGGAAAUGAGGGUACAGACUGAUGCAAGAAGCAUUUUAAAAGCAAUAAAUGAAUAUACAAUAACUGCUAACUGCUUGCAUCAGUGCUAAGUUGCUGGUUGGCCUCAUCUACCCAGUAUUAAACCCUAGGCCUUGAACUGCUGUUAACAAAUAACUCUUAAAGCCAACUCCAAGUAUUAAGAACAUUAUGAAAAUACUGAAACUUUGUCAAGAGUUGCUGGUUUGUACCUUUUUAAUAUGUACUGGGAAUUUGUUAGGUGGCCUUCUAGAAGAAUGUCUUCCUUGGUGUACGUUGUUCUGAUGCUCCUACAGCAUUCAGUGAGUUGUUUUGUUCAUAGGUUUGUGCGUCACAUCCAUAGUGCCUUGAGCACUAAAAAAAGCAUCAGCCAAGGAUUAGAAAGAUCUUCAGCCUUCUGAUUACAUUGUGCAUUUGUUUGUCAAAACCCUUCUUGGCAAGGACAGGUUUUAAUUGGUCAUGUUAACACCGAAGGCAUGCCACGAGAAUAAUCUCUUCCCAAAAGCCCCACUUCAGAGUCUGCUGCUUGUCUUUUAGCCACGGUUAAAUGUUUGUGUUACAUCUCAGGGACUUCUUUUAUGUUUUGGUUCUUUGGUAGAAGUCUGGCCUCCCAUUUCACCAUCUGAAAUCCAGAGCCUCACGUGGUGGGGGUUUUGCUGCCUAAUAACUGUUUUCUCUCCUCUCUAGUUCCUUUCCAUGUGCCAUACAUCUCAGAAACAGUUGAAAAUGGUGUUCAACUGCUCUGCUAUUUAUAGCUACAACUGCAUCAUUGUGUUUGUAAUGCACUGCCUAAAUUGAUGGAAUUGUAUAAAUAUCAACCUCCUUGUAAAAGCUCUGAGUCUCAAGAAAGUAUGUGCAGAAUAGAAGCAGUGAUCACAAACAUUUAUAUGUCAAAGGCAGAUGAUUCAUUCUUCCCAUGAUAGUCCCGGAAGCCAUCUCAACCUCACGGACUUGCUUGUGGCUCUUAGAGUUUUGCUGCAAGGAAAAUAGCAGAAAAAGACUCUAAGAGGCCUGGCACUUGGGCACAACCCGAUUUUGGCAUGCAGUGGUAUCACCAGUGCUGCUGAAGUCAUGGGUUGCAGAUGCAAGAAAAGAAGUGGAUGUCAUAGAAUUGCCACUAAACUGCACUUUAAAUCAACACUUAGCACAAUUCUGUCCUUGUCGAGUUGAUGGCAGAGCUUUCUGGGACUGUAUGCUCUGACCUUGUGUUUAAGAAGCAAACAAAAGCAAGCAAAACUUCAGUCUGAAUUAUUUAUACUGUUUGAACAAUACUGAAAACGUUGUCAAGGGGACAAAAAGUCAUUUACAUCUCCAUAGGAAGAGGUGGUUUGCUUUUGGGGGAGAGCUGUACAGGGCCAGAAUGGCAUAAGUCAGGAGUUUUAACCUAGGACCUCCUGCUUAUUGUUGUGGUUCUUGUAUCAAACUGUUUCUGACAACUGAUGCAGCAUGCACAUGGCAGUGUACCCUGUGGUGAUGUCAAACUCUGAAUUGCAGUCUUGGCCAAUGGGUGGAAGGUCUCUGUCCCUUCCACUCCCCACUUUUCUGUUCUUCCAGGUCAUAUUCAGAGUUCACCUACUCCUUCCUGCUAUUCAGGAAUGUGUUUUCUUAGUACUUCGGCUUCAACCUUUGGAUAGGGAAGCUACCAUAGCGACCUUUCCAGAUGCUUUCCUGGUGCCCAUGACCUUCCUGCUCUGGAUUAAGAGUUUGUUUAGUCCUGUCUAGCAAGCUGUCUGUCUGUGUGGAACAAGAACCUAUUCCUUUCGACAUGCUGCAAGAACCAUUGUCUUGUUUGAGCUUUGUGUAAGUUCUGUUCUGGUGUGGGGUGGUGGCUUCAUGCUUGGGGUUCUUUUAAGAUUUUUGCAGUGCUGUCAGGGAAUAAAAAAAUAUCCUACUCCUCAGGCUCUGUGACUCAUUUUAGAUAAAAAUAUUAUAGUGACAACCUUCACA